AAUUUUUAUAUAUGUUAUCAAUUUGAUAAAAAUGAACAAAAAGUUUGUAUGCUUCCUGAAGAAGAUGAAAUAGAUCAAAAUAUAUUUGAUACAGCAAAUUUUGUAUUAAUUAUAGUGGUUGAUUAUAUGCAAGGAUUUUUUAAAACUAGAAGAAAACAUACCAAAAUACCACCACCAGAUCCACAAAAUCAACAACAAGAUCCUAGAUAUCUUACAGAUGUGCUAAGUUAUUAUUUAGGGAAAAAAUUUUCACUUUCAGCAGGACAAAGUGGUUUAUCAGUAUAUAUUAGUGAUGGAGAAAUUAAAAUAGUAUAUAAAUAUAAUGCUGAUAUUGAAAAUAUAUUAGAUUUAGCACAAAUAAUUGUGCAACAAUUACAACAAGAUCAAAAUGGUAAUAGAAAAAACCCAAUAGAAGAAGAUGAACCAGAAGAUGCAGAAAUUUAA